AUGAACGACGAUAAGCUGAGCAGCCUUAUUCAAAAAAUAGGGCACACUAUAGAUGACAUCCGAGACAGGUCAAUGAUUAUGCUAAUACAAAAAUAUGAAAAAGGCAUAAUAAGCGAAACGGACUUUAAGAAAAGAAAUUAUUUUUUUGAUAUUAUUCUUCGCUACAUUAACGAUAGAAACAGCUCUAUUCCUUUAAAAGACCUGAUCCACGUUUUGGACUUCGUUCGGUGCAUAAUAGAGAAGGAUGAAGAAGUCAAAAGUAAAUUCGAACAAUUCGGAAUACACACAUUCACCAAGGAGUUUUUAACCCACCUUAGAGGUAACGAAGACAAGUACAAAAAGAAUAGUGCCGCCAAAAAAUUAAACCUUGCACAGGAUACAGAUACGUGCCUCAUAAACUAUGAGCACAUGCAGAUGCAAAGCAGUAACAAUGAAUACAACCAUGUGGUCAAAAUUCUGAUCCAGCUGAUUCGUGCAUACAAUGGGGAAAACCCAGAGGACUUCUCAAAAUGCGAUACUCAGGAAUAUACACCUAUGAUGGAUGUAAAUAAUGCCCCCAAUGAUCUACGUAAUGCAAAUGGGGGGAACAACAAUGGAGAGGCCACAUCAGCGGAAGCCAUCGGAGAGGCAGACGCACAGGAAAAUCCCAAGUACAAAGACAACGUAAUGGAAAAGACAAGCAACAUCAUGGACAUAAAUAAAGAAGAAGACCAAUACAAAGCUACACGAAAAAAAAGCUCUUCCGUUGAAGACCCAAGAAGUAUGCAUCCUCGGCUGAGGCAACACUCCCCUGAGAAGGCAAAGGAGAACACAAAAAAAAACACCGCACAUUCGCAUAACAACGCAGACAGCACACUUUCACAAAAGGAUGUCCUACAUAUAAGCCAAAUAAUGGAAAAAAAUAACUGCAUAAACAUAUUUACAAAAAAUAAUUUUUCCAAAAGUGAAGAUUUUCAGUACUACAACUCUUUAUAUGAAGCAAAAAACGAAGUGAAUAAGCGGAGUAUAUAUUUGCUCCUCACCUAUAAGAUAUAUAAGACCAACAAAAUAAGGGAAGGACAUGCUUACCUGAACCACGGAUCGGCACCUACACGGGGAACUACCAAAAGCUACUGCAAUUGUGAAGAAUGUUAUUACGCACACAUUUUGAAUAGCUACACAUUUUUCUACUUAUACAACUUCUUCGACUGCUUCGAUAUGUUCAAAAAGAACUUCCUAGACAUAAACGGGGUAGAACAUGUGGAACAUGCGGAACAGGAGCCGAAAGAGGGAGACUCCUUAAAAGGGGGUGUGGGGAAAAACGAACAACAUAGAAGCAGAGAAGGGGAAGAUUCCAUCGUGGCAUAUUUCACCUACCUAAAUAAUAAACACGUAUAUAACAAAAACAUAACCUACAAAAUAAAAAAUUACAUUAACAAAAUGAAUCUGCUCCAUUUCUACCUGAGCAUGAAGUUCAACUACUUCGAAUGUUUAGGGAUGAAUAUAAUAAAAAAAAUAAUAAGCAUAGAUGACCUAAUUUAUAUGCACAAACAAGUGAACAAAAUUUUAAAUGAAUAUAUUUACAUUUUCAAUAAAGACAUAUUUCUGUUUAACUAUAAAUUUGUAUACACACUUAGUUACAAUAUUCAAUAUAUUUACAAAAAUUACGUUGAAAAUAAUCAGGCACAAAGUGAAUUCCAUCAUAUGAACAACCUUUUAAAUAGUCUAGCUUAUCUUAUUUUUAUAAUUAUUUAUAGCCUUUACAUAAGUGUGACCCAGAGCCGAGGGUGCCUUUGCAAUAGCAUCCACAAUAUCUACCUUAACAACUUCUUUUUCCUCAUUAACCAAAAUGUGUUCUACUUACUUUUGCUUCGAAAAGGGGGCAAACAAAUCGGUACACAGUUCAUGUAUGGCCAUAAUAGGGAUAAGAUGGCCAGUGAAAAGGGGAAAGGCCCCCCUCAAUCGGCAAACAACGCCAGAGAGACAAAUGGGACAAACGAUGCCAACAAUACAAAGGACCUCAAUAGCAUAAACAAAUUUUACCUUAGGAAAAAUGAAGACAGGGCGAUUCGCAAAUCGGGGGACACCACCACUGCCCAUUUCAACGAGGGAGACACAUACUACUACUUAUUCAUAACGAAAAACAAUUGCGUCUAUUUUUUCAAAGUGUUAAUUUUCUUCAUGCUAGAAAUUUUAAAAUUCUCGCAUUGCAAAAUUAGCAGCAUAAAGGAAAAAUGCACCACGCUCAAUUUCCACAUAGACAAUUUUGUCAUCAUUUACAAUUUCCUCAGUAACGUCUUAGAAUACUACUUCGACGAGUCAGGUAAACAGAAGGACUCACACUUGGAGAUCCUCAUUGACUACAUUGAAGAGAACAACCUCCAUGGGCGUGCAGAUAAAAAGGCAAAACAAAAUGGGGUCCCUUUUAGGGAGUACCUUUCAGAAAAUGUAAGCAUCCAAGAGUUGAACAGCUUUUCUUCCUCCUCUUCCAACUCCUCUAGUGACUUAAAAAAAAACAAAUUUCAAAGCAUUGAUAUAUUUACUAAUACUGCCCUUCGCCGUACUUACCAAUACAGUCCUAAACAAUUGGAGCUUCUGAAAAUCGUCUGCCUCUACAUAAACUACACCCCCGUAUCAUUCAUUCUGAUGAAGAAGAUACAACCCAAAUUAGUAGACCUAUUCAGAGGGUUCCUCUUCGACAUGCACCUAAACACGCACUACUUAGAAUUGUUGCACUUUUUCCAAAUUUUUUUUUUCUUUUAUGACUACGAAAUUUAUAAGGAGUACAUCGAUCUCCUGUCCUAUUUAUACUCCUUGUCCAAUUUGUUUUUCGUCUAUCAUGGUGUUGGCGACGUUGGCGGGACUACCUCCUUUGGCGGAGACACCUUCCGGUCAGAUAUCUCCACCUUCAUAAACACCAGCAAUAACAUCUUCCACUUUUUUUUCUUCGUCCCAACUAGUUACUCCGCCCUCAAUGGUUUUCUUGAAAAGUAUCACGCAGAGAACGCCGCAGCAGACUUACCCGCCCCACAUCCCAACGAAAUGUUCUCAAGUCCGGUCGACGCAAAUAAUGAGCCAUGUCUUAAUCCCCUAGAGACAUUCAAAUCGCAAGACUUUUUCGAUUCCCCCAAUACGGAGACGAUGAGCAAAACCAUCAAUUCACACAGUAGACAUGAAAAUGAGGCAUCGCACUGUAUAAGACAAUUUUGCCAUGUUUUGCUACAAGUAAGCGAAGACAUAAAAAAUGGGAAGUGCAAAAACGGGCUAUUAAAAAAUGAACUGCGUGAAAACGAGUGGUGCAAAAAUCAAAUGGACAAUUUCACACAUGAACAGUCGCUCCCAGUUACCGGCGCUGAAAGGGACUUCCCCCACUUCGAUGCCGAAUUUAUUGACAAAGUUACCCAAGUGCUGCUUCAAAACAGCCUCAUAAUUCUCUUUAAUUCGCUGUCGCUUCUCUCGUCUGAAUAUAACAACUUCAAAAAUUAUGUCAAGUCGGAUAAAGAAGAAAACGGAUCCAUGUACCAAUUCAUUGUUAAUAAGUUAAAGAGAUGCAAAAAUAAAAUGUACAUACUAACGCUUAACCACAACUCGGAAGGUAGAACGAAUGUCCCAGAAUAUAUCAAGUCCGUCGAACUGUUUAAAAACUUUGUCCUGCUCCUGCACAACAUCAUUUCGAUCAUGUAUAGCUACAACAUGGAAAUUAUUUAUUUUUUUUUUAAUUUUAUUUUUAAUAUUAAUUAUGAACAAGGGUCCUUUGACUGGGAAAAUAAUAGCCCAAGAGGGGAUCCGCCCGGGGUUCACACCUCUGUCCGUAAUUACAAUUACCAAAUGGGCUGGGGAAACGAAGGGGGGGACUUGUCCUAUGGAGACCUCGAUCUUAAUGCCAUUUCCGAAAAAGGAAUGGACAGGGGAAACGUCUCCAAAAAUGCACACAUAACAUAUUCUACCCCUUCACAAAAUGACCUAAUGAACCAAAAUAAUCGCCACAGUGUUAUCUACAGCCAUAGAGAGACAAACCAGCCCGAGCAUCCCAAGACGUAUCAAGACACUCAGUACAUUACCCCUAUCUUUGCUCAAAGGAGCGAUAAUUAUCGUCAAAAUGAGCAGGAAAAUCAUUUCGGUAAGGAAAAGGGAAAUAAUUUACUAGGGACAGACAUCUCUCGAGAAUAUGCCUCCAAAAAUGUGGGCCCAUUCGUUCAGCAAGAACCAACCAAGUGGGAAGCCUCCCAAACGGUGCACUCCAAAUUUGACAUGACCCCUAAACCCUAUCUGAACAAUUGCUCGAAUAAUGACAUACCCUGGAAAUCCACUCACCAUGGAGGGAAGACAAAAGGCAAAUCGCCAAAUUUGUACACCCCCACAUUCCAAAUCAACGAAUUCAUUGACAUCAUAUACGAACUCUGCAUAUAUAGCAAAAAGGAAAUAAAAAAUUAUUAUCUCUUUUUUAUACUCGAAAAUAUAAAGAAAAGAGUGGAGACCCUAUUUGAUUCCCUUAAGGACAAAGAACGGAAGGACAAAAAGGGGCUCUUGUCAAAUAUUAAGCUUUUCUCUAAAGUCAUCCUGUUCUUGUAUUACUCUAAAAAGAAGUACAUACUCUUGCUCGAGCAGGACGCUUACCACGCGUUCAACUUUUUGUAUGACCACAAUUUUGAGCCAAUCCUUGCAGGUAGCGGUCGUGAUAACGGCAACUGUGACAAUGGCAACCGCAACAGUGGCAACGAUAGCGGCGAAGUGCCCCGUGGCAGGGGGGGAAAACACGAAACGGAUCAGAAAGCAUUGAUCACCCUCGCCUACUUCUACAAGAACGUCUUCAUAAACGUGCACAGUUUGUAUUUCCUGCUGUUUCAAAGGAAGAAGAAAAAGAGGACUAUGUCUCUUAAAAUCAUGUGGAAAUUGCAUCACCAAUUUAGACUAAAAUUCACCAAGUGGUGGGGCAACACGAAGAAAGAUACCUCACCAAACGGUACGAUGAAACGGGAGGAAAUGCAAAGUGGGAUGGAACAGAAACAACAUAAUAUUCGCGAAGAAAGCAAAAUAACGUGGAAGUACAAAGAAGACCCUAUAAAAAACCAACGACAUGAACACUCUCCAAAAAAGCAAAACCACCACAACCAGUGCCAUAACACCUUUAGCUAUGCAAACGAUUGGAAAUUUAACACCAAUAUGUUAAAUAUGUACAUAAGCCAUUUUGUACUUAAUCAUAUUCUUAGCGACGAAGCGCUUAUCAUUCAAACGUUACAGAAAGUAGACAUGAACCCGGAGGAAUUAUGCCUGGACUUUUUCGAACACAUCAUGUCAUUUAUUUUGAAGAGAAAAGCAAAAUUUAGAGCAGAUGACACUUUCGUAGGAAACACUACAGGAAAUAAAACCCAAAGGGGAGAUCCACCCCACAUCGAUAAUUUACUUCUGGCAAUGUACGAGAAAAUAAAACGUUUGUACACAAAACUGAUAGGGGAAAUACUUGCCAAGGAGCACACCAGUGCAUACAAUAUUGAAACGUUUGUCUACGUCCUAAAAAUACUAAUUUUGUUGAUCAUCACGAACUAUAGAAAUAGCAGCAUAUGCAAAAGAAUAUACAAGGAUAGGUACUUUUAUCUAUCCCACUUGUUCUGCUUCUUCUUUUACGAUAAUGAGAUUGUUAAAGCUUUAUCCAUCAGCUUGAGUUUCUACUUGAUAUUCGAUCAAAACAUCUUGCUACUGAACAAGCACAGAAUAUUUCUCGAACCACAUUUGCUACAAGAACAGAAAAGUAGAAAAGGUGAUAUGGGCUUAGAAACGGAUGACUACUCUCCUAAUUCCUUAACUGAAGAAAUAAAUAGGCCUCAUCACAACUGCAAGAACAUAUUAGAGAAUUCUUUAAUUAACGAAGUAAAGGUAGAAUAUAUGGAGGGCUACUACAAAGGGGGCGGCAAAAGUAUCACUAACAGGUGUGGCGACGGAAAUGAAGUAGUCCAUUGGGAGACAUCUAAAAAAUAUGAUAACAUUACUUUUAACCCCUACAAAAAUAUAUACAACAGAAAAGACACAAGCAGGAAUAAAUACAUUGAUAAAGAAAUGCAGCCCAAUCAGAUGGACGAAGUAAACAAGGCCUCAUUUCAUAUAGAGAAAAAAAUCCUUUUCUUCCUUCCCUUUUGGCUUUAUAAAAAACUACAGCCCAAUAAUUUUCUGCUAAACGUUAAAAAGUUAAAAUCUUUUUUUUUCUUCUCCACCAAAUAUUCCUACCUGCAUGAGUUCCAUGACGCCAAAUUAAAUCUGAAGUCAAAGCAGUUAUCCUUGCACGGAAACUACAGCGGUGGUAAUAUAUUCAGAUCAUACUUUCUUUUCAUUAAUAAGUAUUAUCAUUUGUCAAAAAGGGUGACCACUGCACCAGGUGGAAAUGUCUCUCCUCCUUCGACUCACAAAAGUAGCAACCAGUCUAUUUGGAGCAGUAUCAUCGACUCCACUGAUAAAUUAGAGACCCACAGAUUUCCCAUUUCGAAUGCCAAUUCUUUUCUUUUUUUAAAUUCCAAAGUGGAUAUAAAGCACACUUCCCCAAAUGGGUCCUCCUAUGUUUCCAAUUUGAUAAAAGUGUUAAAAGUCCUGCCACCUAUAAACGACUCUACAGAUAAAGAAACAAAAUUUUCUUACAUCUACAAUUUGAGCGAGUUAUUUUUCUACCUGAACAAUUGUUAUAUGCAGUUACUGUGCACCGAAGGCGGAAAUACCCAUUCUGCGGACGCCCACAGCGCAUGUAAUCAAGUGAGCUACACAACAGGCUACGAAUCAGACAAACGAGAUGAUGUUCAAGGCACAUCUUCAAGUAGAAAAAGUACUCCAAUUGGACCAACACAAAGGAACAAUAGCGCAAAUUGGAGGGAAAAAACCACCUCAAACAAGAAAACAAAUUACCUCCUCCAAAGCGACUACGAUGAAAUGAUGAGUGCCAUACAUUUCGUUUACACCAUCAUUUUCCCGUAUAUUAACAAGCUUAUUUUUUUCAUGUACAACCAGUUGACAAUAAAUAACAAGGGUGCAGAUAGACCGAGCAGUGUGGAGAAUGAAACAAGCACAAACGCCAUCAUUCAUUCGAACAUGCUGUUACUAAAACAUUUAAUAACCCUCUUCGACGUAUGCCUAUACAUACAAUUAAUACUAGAGAAAAAAAGAAACAUGGAAAUAAAAAUUCACCACCUAGACAAUGAUAUGGACCUUUCCCUUUUCAUCUACAAAUUGCUGUUCAUAUCAAUUGCAACAUCAUCUUUGAAAAAUAAAAUCUCCAGCUUUUCCCUCAACUUACUUUACAAUUUUGUGCACCUGGAUGAUUACUACGUUAAGAUGAAGAAUAACUGCCAUAACAAUUUCCCCAGUGAUGCUGAUCGGCUAACAUGUACGAACAGUACAGAUAGAACCGACCACCUUGAUGGUAGCAACUUCAACCGGCUGGAUGCAGGAGCGGAAAACCCCAUGUUAAUCAAAAAGAAGCGACGCAUCAGAAGUAAGCGAAUGGAGAGAAGGAAAAACUUGUCUAUUCUGGUCAAUUUUCUUUUCUUCAUACUUUCGAAAUAUAGGAAGAAAAAAAAAAUUAGCCAAGGAGAGUCAACACGGACAAACGCAAACGCAAACAUCUACUCCAACAUAAUAAAUGUGUAUGAAAUCGAGAAGACCAUCAAUGUAGAGAAUGUCACAUUUCAGAACCACGAACAGGAGUAUCUCAAAUUAGACAUUUACUUUGUGAAAAACAUUUUGUCCAUGCUUCACGUAGUGCUGAGGCGGGGCUGUUUUUUUGACCUGCACUUGGUCAAUGAAGACAUAUUAAAAAUAAGCAUGGACGUGCUAAUGCACCAUGAUUUUGAGUCUUUUACGCAGGGAAGGGGAGAGUACCAAACGAGGUCAAAGGCUAACUUGGAAACUCCCUUAAAUGAGAACGAAGAUGGGGAUAAUACGACCCACCCACGAAGCGACACACAAAAGGCCGAACACGACAAUAUUGGGACAUACCCCAAAGGAAGAACAAACCUGCACAUAUUCAAACAAGUCUUCCUAAACAAAUACAUGAGCACGCUGAUAAACUUUUGUAACAUUUACAACGACAUCGUUAUCGAAUGUUUGCAUGUCCAAGUGCUACUCCUUUUUUUCAAGUAUAUCCUCCAAGUAUUAAAGUACGAAAUCUGGAAGCUUCAUUUUUUUAAAAACUCUAACAAUUCAAAGCAACAUAUCUUAGUGCAUUUUCUAAAAUACUACAAAGCGGACAAGGAAGUGUGCAAAUUCUUAAAAAAGGCCUAUUUUGUCAUUUUAAAAUAUGCAAUAUAUAUGCAGAAUAUUCGCAUAUGUGAAGAUGUGCAUAUCCCUUUUAAUGAGGGCAAAAAUGUUUCAGAAGGGAAGAACGCAGACACCAAUGUUGAUCAACAGGACGGGCUCAUCAACAAACACAACUACCUACUGAAGGAGGAAGAUAUUUACAAAAAUUAUUGUCAAUUGUUUUAUGAGUACACCAUAGGUAAGUUUAAAAAUUGUGUUGCCAACCAUCAGGACGAAACAUAUAUACAUUCAAGUGAUCACUAUGAAGAAGAAGAUGAUUCUAUCAAAGAAAAAAUUUACAAACAUCAACAGAACCAACUGGCCAAUUCCAACUACGUCUGCAUGAUUGAUAUGUACUGUCCUCAAUGUGAAGAAAACAAAAUUCUAUUCCUAUCCAUUGUACUAUUCCUGAGCUUUGUCUUAGACAACUUCCCUUUUUUCUUCUGCAUAAAUAGCUACGUCAACCAUUCUGAUGAAGAGAAAAGUAGGAAUCACAAUGAGAAUGAUAAUAUCGAAAUCUUGUGUGAACGUAUUUUCCACUACUUGGGCAAAAAAAAUAUCUACAUCAAUUUCCACGUUUUAAAAGAAGCCAAACUGUUUGAGAAAUACUUUUUUAAAAUAUUCUUGAAAUUGUUAUUCUGCAAUGAGAGGGAAACAAUGAACAACUUGCAAAAGUACAAAAUAUAUUUUUAUCACAGAAAAUUUGAAUCGGUGCACCAGGGUGGGCAGAGCGGCAAGACAACUGCAAACAUAUGUACGUCAGGUAUAACGGAAAACCAAUCGAUCAACCUCACAAAUAGCGGUGAGAAUACAACGGAGAAAGACAAUGAUAGCAAAAACUCGGGCAAAAAAACGGGCACACUUACCUCUCAAGACGAGGAAAAUACGCACAACUUGAGCGAACAACGCAGUCCAAUAUUCACACAAAACAUAAGCCAUGAUAAUCAUUUCUAUCUAAAUCAUUUCCUCAACUACUUCAUAGUUCAAAAGGAGAAAAAAAACGACUUGGAACUGAUAUAUGAUAAAAUAUACUACUAUAUCCUCAUCGUCAGCAUGUGCUUCAAGGACCGAAAUUUCCUAUCCUUGCUGCUGUCCCAAAAUGAGCACUUCUUCCCAGAAUUCAACCAAAUGAUACAGCAAUAUUUGAAAUACGUCUUAAAAAACAAGCAAGAAAUAAAUAAAAAAAAAAAAAAAAAUGAAGUCAUGAUACAUAACUUGUUGUAUAUAUUCGUCUCCUACAUAUAUAUAUACCUAAACGAACUGUACAAUAUUUUUUUCACACAAAUAAAAAAUGUACUCACCUUGCCAUCCUUUUUUCAAAACAUCAUAUAUGUGCAUAGCAAAGGGGUGGAUCUAAAUGGAGGGAAAAUAAUUAACACUCUCAUCAAAGCAGAGAACACAUCAGUGGACACCUUUUACAAUACUUUAAUAAACAUGAAAAAGAAAAAUUGGAACAAAAACUUAGAAAAUUACACGGAUCAAAAUAUAAAAAAUGUAGUAGUUCAAAACAUUUUUCACAACAACAAUAUCUAUUUAUUCAUUUUGUACAUCAUAAAUGAUAAUAAAUACAACGACAAAAGAGAAGGUGGAAGCAGAGAAGAAAAAAAAUUACUCAAUCGGAUGCUGUCCUCCGGUUAUGAGGAACAUGACCAAAGUGACAGCCGCCCAGAAAUUCUUCAUUUAGACUUUAAAAAAAAUGAUAAAAUAUUUUUAAACAAAAUUACCACCAAUAUUGUUCUAUUCUUCCUUUUAUUUUUUUACGAUUACUACUCAUUCAAUUACGAAAUAAAGGAAAACAUACUCAUGCAAAUUGCCAGACAUAUCUUGGAACAUUUCGCCACCUUCUACAAUUCUGACCUUCUGAACAUUCAUUUGAAGUACGCACAAAUGGUUAAAACGGCUAACCUGAAAAGGAAAAGGACGCUGUUACCUGGACAGUCGCUAUUGCGAAUAAAUCGGUACUUGAAAAAGCCACCGGGGGGCACCUCAUCCCAGGAAACCUCUGGCCAGGGUGGCAACAGCCAGCGCGAUGGAAAAAUAUGUUCCUCUCACCAAAAAAAUAUGAAGUCUUGUCGCGCAAGUAUGGCCUUGGCCAGGAUAAGAGAAGAAGGACGAAAAAAAAGGGGGGAAAAGCAGAAAGGGGAAGACAAGCCGGGAGAUGCAACACUGGCAGAGAAGAAACACGGGGAAAACUCUCACGAUCAAAAUGCGUACGAUAAAGAUUCGCAAUAUGCUGAUACUUGUCCCACUCGGCAGGAUGCUCCCCACGGAACCAAAAACAAACCAGACGAGACAGGACAAGUGCCCCAACCAGAUGUACAACUAAUUACCACGGUAGUCGAAAAGCUGAAAAGAAACAAAAAACUUCUAUUCCUGUACACCAUAAACUGCUUCAGAAUAAUACAAACGUAUAGCAACAUCUCGUCGCUAAUGUUUAAGUACAAAUAUAUAUCGACCCUACUGGAAAAGCUGGCAUACUUGACGCACAAAAAUGUGGUAGAAUGUGUUUGGAACUCAUUCCAUUUCUACCUGAACAGCAAUAACAAAAGUGAAAUAAAUGUUUUCAACGAAAAAGGCAUGUCACACGUAGAUAAAGAAAUUGGGUACCUCUCCUACAUGUACAUAAACUACUUCUUCAAUUUUGUGUGUUGUUUUAUCCUAUAUGAUGUGGCAACCUUGUACAAGUUGUGCUCGAACAUGCUGAAUUGCUUAGACAUGCUGAGCAAUCACUUAAAAGAUCUCAUGGAUAAUAAAAAGGGCAUAUACAUCUGCUCGGUUAUUGUGAAAUUUUACCUGACCAUAACUAACUCAUACUUCUUUGACUUUUCCCUGUAUGAUAAUGCGCUCGGCGAGAUGAACCACGACAAGGGGAUAAGUCCCAUCCCGGAAACGGACCCCCUAGAGGCGGACAUAACGACACACCUUAUUGACAGUUUGAGAAGCAAGAAAAGACAAGACAACAAGGGAGAAAUAAACUACUUCUUAUGCGUUAAGAGGUUGAGCAGCGAAUUUUGUAAAAGUAAAUUUCUGCAUUUUUUAAUUAACUACGUUAUGAACAACCUUGAUAAUAACGUGAACAAAUCAAAGGUAGAAAUUGAACAGACCAGCCACCUAAUCUGUCUCAUCCUCCAGUUAUUGAGUUACCAAAUAAUUUUCAUAGAUAAUAAAAAUGAAAUUUUAAAGCUCGCUAAUGUGUUAGUAAAAUACAUGAAGAAAAAGAAUCCUUGUCUCCUGACGACGUACUAUAUAAUCCUAUUUUUUAAUUCAUGCUUUAUGAACUCCUCCUUGGACGAGAGAAUAAUAACCUUGCUAUUCACUUUCGAAAAAAAUGAUAACAUAUGGUUUAACUUGAUAUUCUUACAAAACAGUAAAAUCAAAAGAAGCAAAGAAAUACUACUCCUAAUCAAGUUCUCCAUUUUACACCUGUACCUACUAUUGCUAAAAAAUAAAAACUCCUUCAAAAAAUCCAUCCUGUGCAUUUCGGGUGACUUAAACAUAUAUUUCGUUUUCAUAUAUGUCCUCAACGAGAUACAUGAGUACUUCAAAAGUUGCAACAUUGAAUGGAGUGCAUUACGAAGCAUGAAGACAAAUCAGAAUGAAAACAGAAAAAAUGAAAAUGCCAAAAGGGACAAAAAUAACAAAUACUUCUACCUGUACGCAGAGCUCCUCGUUAUCGUCACAGAAAUGAUAAAAAUCAUGAACAAUAAUGAUGUUAAUAAAUACAUCACCAUUUACCAUAACAAGGACAAAGACAACUUCGUUGUGCAAUUUAAAAAUGUGUAUAGAAAAAUAAAAAACGAAUUAAAACACUUCGAACAAACAAUAAAAUUAAUAAAGUAUAUCAUAUUUAUUCACCCCCUCAUGAUUAACAUACAUGCACUGCACAAGUUCUACUUGUGCUUAUACAUAAAGGAGUACCACUACUUCCACAAGGAAUUUUUUAAAUACGAUCUGUUCCUAGUAGACUAUGUGAACCUACUUCGGGACAAAAGGAAAGCAAAAAUCGCUAACACGGCGAUGGAUCAACGAGGUACAGAAGAUAAGAAAACAGGGGAAGUUUCUUCGGACACAGUCCAAAACCAAGCACAGCAUUUGUCGUAUAAUCGCAUCACCAAAAAGGACAAUAAAGAUGUGUCCCCCCAUGUCUUAGUAGAUGACGUAAAAAAAGGGCAUAACUUGGAGAAAAAUAAUAUGCACUUUUAUUUUUUUUUCAACACGCCAAAGAAUUAUAAUUACCAAGUCAACAAUUUGUGUUCUUCCAUCCUUCAAAAUGAAUUUCAGGGUUCCCUUAGCAAUAUUUUCUCCUCCUCCUUUAGUAACCAAAACGAUAAUUCUCACAACAGUUUGCAAUACAACACUGAUCAGAUUAAAAUUUAUGCUGACUACAUUCAUGGCAGUGUUAAUUAUGCUAUUGAGUUUUUCAAUUCCUUCUGA